AUGAGUGAAUGGUUUGUGUUGUGUUGUGUCCACACGUUUUCAUCACUUGUUUUGUCACCGAUUUUGUUGUCAUCCGUUAUUUGAGACAAUUUGCUUGCAUUUGAUCCCUAAUUGUGGCCAAAAUGUUGAUCGAAAACAACGAAACGUUCUUGAGCGAAAUGACAAAACUGUUUAACACUAACCAAACGAAAGGCGGUUCACUGUAUAUAACAAUGAAGAGAUUGGAGCCAAAAGAUCUCAAACUCAAGAGGAAGGCAGAGAUGGCCAAAGUGUCGACGAAGAAGAAGAAGGUGUUGCCCAAGAAAGCCGUCAAACGUGUGAAACAGACGACCAGCCAAUCGUCGUCCUCUUCAGCCGCCUCUUCACAGCCAUCUGAGAACAAGUGUCUCAUUCGUGUCCACAAUAGUAAACGAAAGAUCUCGACCAUUGUGUCGGCCAGAGAUGUCAAUAAAUUCCAACUCGCGUACGCGAAUCUAAUUAAAGGCAAUUUGUAUGGACUCAAGAAGAAGGACACUAAGAAGAAGAGCGGAUCGAAAGCGAAGGCCACUCAAUGAGUAUUUAUUGAUGUUUCAAAUAACGAGUUUAUAUUUGAUUUCAACAAAUUGUUUAUAUUUUGUAUUUCCAAUUAAUUGUUAAUAUCCUCUC